AUGGCCAACGACACUCCUGAAAGUGACUUCUCUAUCGAAUGCUUUCAAAACUAUUCAGCACCAGAAGUAUUUGUUCAGGGAUUAGCGGGUAUGGUUGAUCAAUCUGAUGUCGAAGUGAUAAUACGAGCACAGAAAACUAUGUUACAGAGAUUUGAAAAAACAACAGAAAUGUUAACAAAUUGCAACCAACUCUCAGCAAGUCGCCUUCGAGCUGCAUCUGUGGAGUUUAAGAAGCACACCCAACUACUGUUGGAUAUGAAAAAGGAUUUAAACUAUAUAUUCAAAAAGAUAAGGGCUAUUAAAACUAAGUUAAGCACUCAGUAUCCUGAAGCCUAUAAAGUUGCUGUAGCAUCAGCUGCUGGUAAUAUAAAGCCUCUUGAUGAAGAAGAAGAAAUAAAACCUUCAGAAUCAAAAAUACUAUCUAAAAUGGUGGCCACAGUUUCUACAGAAACUUUGAAACCAAUAGACAAAAAGGAAAAUGUAGAUAAAAAUGUCAAUGUAAAAAAGAAAAGCAGUAGUUCCUCUGAAACAGAAAGUGCAAGCUCUGGAGAUGAUAGUAGUACUGACACUGGUUGA